CGAUAUUGUACGCGUUUGACCGUGAUUUCGGGAGAGAUCGUCUGCGAGAGUUCUGGCGAAGGGGUUCGUUAUGGAAUUGGAGACGGAUCAUUUAUCCUCAACAGGAUGCCAGACGGCUUGAUGACACAGGGUCCCCACAGGCGGCAUUGCACCACAAGACGAAACUCCAAGAGCCAGAUACGAGACAACCGCGACGAUGGUAGCCGUGCUCUUAGACGGGCCUUACCCGAUAUACAGCCAUGUUCAAUAUCACGCUGUCCUUCUCUGGCACAGUGAGAGCGACGAAUAUGACAGAUUCGAAAUCCUUUUCAACCUCGGUGCGGUGACGCAGAACACUCAGAAAAUAUGUCACUCCGCUACCGGUGCAGAGACCAGCAUUUGCAAGGACAUGAUUCACCGCGACGUGACAUCAAAACCAGGCACUCAACGUACUGAGAAGAGAAGGCAGAGACGAAAGAAGUGUCAGAUGUAUACACCACCUCCAGUUCAGGAGAUUGGGGAUAAACAACAUGUCUCGGUCGUGCCAGACAAGACUUCGUAUCCGUCACCGCGGCUUCCACAGUCCAUGCAUGAGACGAGCACUUGCCCGUCGACAGUACGAGUACCGGAUCAGUUUGACCCCUGGGCACACUGGGCAAGAGCAUGGCCAUCCACAGAUACCCUCUAUCAAACCCGAAUCUGCAUACAGGCCAAAGGCAAUCCCGACGCGGGGGUCUUUGUUAACAUGAUUAUGCCGGUGGCCUGUUCCAGUAUACUGACGCCAAUCAAUAUAUCCUGCGACACUGAAACAGAAUUCCGCUUAUCAUUUGCUGAAAUGGGGAGCAUCUGUCGCCCGGGUACGGAGCUCAUGAACACAAUGAGGCAAAUCACUGCGCUAUACGUGGGGUCUUCAAAGGGUCGCCAUCAGGACAAUAGACAAGACUUUCUUGUUUUGCUUGUCCCAGACCAACCUGAUUGUACGCUCGACUGCUGGCUGAACGGAAAUUCAGGAUCAGAGUCGGCUAUUCAAGUUCAUGCCCGAGGAGUUGAACCCGCUAGCAUUGGCAUCGUGCAUGAUAGCUUGCGCUUCAACAAGCCACUCAUUUUCAGCAAAUGGGUGCCUUCGCCAACUGGCAGCACUCAGGGCCUUAUGAUGGAAUGCGAGCAGCUGUCCAGCUUACGACGUCAGUUCUGCAGGAACCCUGAUGAGGACCUGCUUCCACCUGUGGCUGCUAGGUCCACGGUAGUCUCUGCGCAGGCAUGCACAGUUGACAGGCUCCCAUUCGGACAGAGUAUAUUUGGCCUAUCCAUGCCGGCCCUUUUGGACACACUUGAAAGGCGUCUUAUCGCGGCCCGACUAUGCGACACUAUUCUGGGUGGCAUUCAAUUUGAAACAAUCGACCACGUUGUCACUGCCUUGACGACUCCAUAUGCCAGGCCGCGUUCCAACUACCAGCGAUACGAAUUCUUUGGGGACUCUGUUCUAAAGCAUCUGAUAUCCUGCCAGGUCUUCUUUCAAAAUAGUCACUGGCAGGAGCACGACCUCACUCGGGCUCGCGAUAAGCUCGUCCAAAACGACCGUCUUACGAGGGCUGCGAUGAGGAUUGGUCUGGGUGCAUAUAUUAUUGAUCGCAGGACGAGUCUUCGAAGAUAUGCUGUUCCAUUUAUAUCCCAAAGGUCUCAGCGCGUUCCAAAGGAAAGAAGCAUAUCGUCAAAGGCGCUGGCCGACGUUAUUGAGGCACUAAUAGGAGCAGCAUAUGUCGACGGAGGCCUUUCACGAGCACAUCAAUGCAUCCGGCGACUACUUCCUGAGAUAGGCCUACAAUCUACAUCUCCAUCCUCCUUUUUGCGGCCCAGACUUCAUCCAAUCCCCGAACACGGUGUUGACCAUAUCCUCAAAGGCAGCCUUGGAUAUACAUUCCGAAAUGAGACACUCCUAGAGGAAGCCCUUACCCAUCCCUCAUGCGGCCACCACUCUACCACCGCCAGCUACCAAAGACUAGAGUUCCUGGGAGAUGCAGUGCUAGACAUGGUCACCGUGGACCACUUCAUUCGCCAUUCGGCUGAGAUACCGCAAGGCCAAAUGACGCUCAUCAAACAUGCCGUAUGCAACGGAAACCUCCUAGCGUUUUUCUGCCUGGAGAACGGAUUGUGGCGGUUUAUGCGCUUCAAAAACCCGAUCGUGAAAAUUUCUCAAGACACCAUCUUCAAUCGCUAUCUAGGACUCCGUGACCAGGUCUGUCUGAGUCUCGAACGGGGCUCGCAGUACCCAUGGCAGGAUCUGGGCGAACUCAACCCAGAUAAGCACUUUUCAGAUGUGAUAGAAAGCAUCCUUGGCGCGAUCUUCGUCGACUCGGGUGGCGACAUACCUGCCUGUGGAAUGUUCCUUGAACGGAUUGGCUGGACGAGAUAUCUACAGCGUAUUCUUGACGUCGGGGUUGAUGUCAUGCACCCAAAGAACGCAUUACAGAUGUUGUCCAAAUCACUCGCAAUUUGCCACAUUACUCGUUCAAAGAAUAAGGCUAGUGAAGCUACCUAUGACUGUGCGGUAAGUAUUCGUGAUACUCAGAUUGCCAUUGUUAGUGGUUGCUCCUGUCGCACGGAGGCAGAGGUGAAAGCAUCGAAUGCGGCCCUGGAGAUUUUGCAGCAUACUACCCUAGACUCGCUCAUAUCCUAAUAUUCGUAUAUAUAGUAGAGGUUGUACUUUCGAAGCGGUCUAAUAGGCACUCAAGGGCGAGUGGCGAGCUUUGGUGAUUUACUUAAUAUACCAUAAUAUAAUUUCCUAUUGAACUAGCAGAUCUUAACAUUCAGCGAUAAAAAGGUAUAGUGGUAUUCGGCUGUCUUUAUAUUGCAGUAUAUGCCACAAUUUUAUCAUCUACUAUAACCAUAUCGUAUGAACAUAUUUUGCAUGCAG